UGUUGGUGGACAGACAUCAACAAGAAACAAGGAGAACUACAAGUAGUUGAAAGUCUUCCUGAGGAUGCUGCAUAAACUUACCCCCUUGCUGCGUCGGCAAUUCACCAGCGCCGUUACAGCUGCCAAACCAAAAACAGUACCCUCCAAAGCAAAAGCACGUGAGGAACGUAAUCCUAAACAACUGCCUCUCAUCACCUGCCGGCGCACACAAUUCAAUCUGUUGCAACAUGAGCGAGCAGAUGCAAAAUUUGGAACUUUGGAGCUCUGCUCCAAAGGUUGGCUGCACCAUAAGUCUAAGGGCGAUCACUUUAUACUUAAUGCGACUGUGACGCAAGAGCAGCUGACGCAAGAGAUGCAGGGAUUGGACGAUUUUGUGAGCACCAGCCGGCUAGAAUUCCACCAACAGCUGCUUGACAAUCUACGAAACGAACUGGGCAUCCAGCAGCUGACGGGCAUACAAACCAAGGCCAUUCCCAUUGUUUAUGACAGCUUUCACGCGCUGAUAGCGGCGGAGACGGGCUGUGGCAAGACGCUGGCCUACCUGCUGCCCGUUGUGGAAAAACUGUUGCAACGUCGUUCGGACACGGUCGAAAGACGUUUCAAUACACCACGGGUACUUAUACUAACGCCAGGUCGUGAGCUGGCUACGCAAAUUGCAAACGUAGCCGAGAAGCUGUGCAAGGACACAGAUAUUAAGGUUAAAGCGCUGCUGGGUGGCAACACCAAGCAGCUGAUGCUUACCCCAGAGUUUGAGGAUAUCGACAUACUGGUAGCCACACUGGGCGCUGUCAGCAAACUGGUAACCACGGGCAUCUAUCGCAUGGAGCAGGUGCGGCAUGUCGUUUUGGACGAGGCGGAUACGCUGCUAGAUGACUCUUUUACGGAUAAGUUGUGCUAUUUCUUGCGAAGAUUCCCGUUCCACAAAAACCACGUACAAGAUGCACACACAGUGGGCACACAACUGUUGCUUGCCUCGGCCACCAUGCCAACAAACACACGCGAGAUUCUAGAGCGCAUCAUCGAUGUGGAGACGAUACGCGAUGUGGUUAGUCCACACUUGCAUCAUUUGAUGCCGCAUGUGAAACAGAAAUUUUUACGCAUGGCCAAAGCAGAUCGACCAGCAAAUUUGCUGAGCCUCGCCAAACGAGAGUGCGACAAGCACCGUCCUCUUAUUAUAUUUAGCAACAAAUCGGCCACCAGCGAUUAUGUGUCCAUAUUUUUGAACAACAGUGGCAUCAAUUGCCUCAAUCUUAAUGGAGAUAUGCUUAUGAAGAUACGCUUGGGUCGUUUCGAGCAAUUCCAGCGAGGCGAAUGCGAUGUACUGUCCACCACAGACGUGGGUAGUCGUGGCUUAGAUACGACGCGAGCACGGCAUGUUGUCAAUUUUGAUUUUCCACUGCAUGUCUCGGACUACAUCCAUCGAUGCGGACGCAUUGGCCGUGUUGGCGACUUGUCCCAUUCAAUGGUGACUAAUUUCAUAUCUUCGAGGCGUGAGAUAAGUGUUGUACAGCGAAUCGAGCAUGCAGCUCGAACUGGUGGCCUCUUGCCAAAUGUGAAUGCAAAUAUAAAGAAUAUUAUAAACAAACGAAUCAUGGAGGAAAUGAAAGAGGCGGGCAUUCCUCCGCCCCAAGAAGAGGCCUUCUAGUCGUAAUGUUAUAGAUUUGUUAAUAAAACUUAAGUUAAUUUGAGCGACACGUUAAA